GAGUUAUUCACAAAUGCUUAGUUUUACUUUUAUUGCUCCGCCUGGAACUGUGAUCCAUUAAUCGUAUUGCCCUUAAUCACCGGGCGAAUCAGACGAGAGCUGCAAGUUGGGCGCAACUUUGAAUCCUGUGCUGGUUAGCGUAAUUGAUUUGACGUUUCUUAAACAUCCUACAGUUUAACAGGGACCAGGGUUUAUGUUAGGUAAAGUAAAUACGACGAGUUUCCUCGGAACAGUUGAUGCUUUUAGAGACUUUUGUCAGAAGCGCAUGGAUGAGGAUAACCUCUUCAGGACGACAAGGACAACAACUGAGCGAAGAAAACCCGUUCACUCUUUAGUCUAGGCUGCAACUGGACAGAGACCUGAAGUUUACGUUGAUACGGUCUUCCAUUCUUCUUUAAUCUCAGUGCUUUAAACUGAUUUAUGUUCGAUCCGCUGCCCACGCGCGCAGUUCAAAGUGCACCUCGAUGCGCGUAAUUGUUUUACUCAAUCGGAGUAUUGAAGGGUUCGGUCCAGCGUCUGGUGCUCAUACGGACUGGCUGACAAGUUCAAAUUAAGAAUUGGACUUCUAAAUACCUUCAGUUUUCCUGUCGCAUCUCAAUAAAUGGGGAACCUGGAUAAUUGUUCUCUAAGGGAUUGUGCUUUCUGUUAAACACAUACCGCACGACUUGUUUUGAAAUCGGUACAUCUUAAAUAAGACCAUGAUGUUUAUGAAAUUGCUUCUUCCACUGAUGUCCAUCGUUUUGAUACGAGGUGUUCAUGGUCAGAUGGUCCAGAUGGACAGCAGUAAGUCAGGAUUUGUGGGCUCACAGGUAGAGCUACGCUGUCAGUUUGUCAACAGCAACCCACCUGUAAAAAUCUCGCAGGUCACCUGGCAGAAGCUUGUCAAUGGCACUAAGCAGAACGUGGCCAUCGCCAAUCCAGCCCUGGGGGUGUCAGUACUGAGCCCCUUCAAAGAGCGUGUGCGCUUCAAGAACCCCGCCGUCCGCCAGCGCACACCUUCCCUGGAGGACACCACCAUAGUGUUCAACAAACUAAAACUGUUGGAUGAAUCCACCUACAUCUGCGAGUACACAACCUUCCCAGCUGGCAACAGGGAGAACAUGGUUAAUCUCACUGUUUAUGCUCGCCCUAUGAUCCAGAUGAGUCUUUCCACACCCUCCAUAGUGGCGGGAACCAAAGAUCUGAAGAUGACUGUUGCCACAUGUGUUUCUGCCAAUGGGAAGCCACCCAGUGUGAUCACAUGGGAAACUGAUUUAGAUGGAGAAUCCAACACCCAGGAGAUACGCAACCCUGAUGGGACCGUCACAGUGCGCAGUGAUUACUUGGUGGUUCCCAGUCGAGAAAUACACCUACAACUGCUCACCUGCGUCUCCACAUAUAAUGACGAACAAUACACAGACAGUGUAACGCUCAACAUUCAAUAUGAACCAGAGGUAAUAAUAGAAGGCUUCGAUGGGAACUGGUAUUUGAACAGAGAAAACGUUCAGCUCACCUGCUUGGCUGAUGCCAAUCCACCCAUCUCAUUGUUUCAGUGGAGAUAUUUGAAUGGAACUAUGCCGAGUACAGCAGAGCUUCGUGACGAUGUGCUGAUCUUUAAAGGUCCUGUAACCUAUGACAUCGCAGGCACAUACAUCUGUGACGCCAGCAACAGCAUUGGGACAGGCUCUGCGUCCGUUGAAGUCAUCGUCACAGAAUUCCCUAGCUAUCCACACGAGGUGUUUCAGGAGCCACAGCAAGCUUUUGCCAUCAUUGGUGGAGCUGUUGUUUGUGGCACAGUGCUGUUGGCCGCCAUUACGCUCCUGGUAGUGUUUUUAUAUCACCGGAGAUGCAUGUUUAAAGGAGAUUACAGUACCAAGAAGCAAAUCCUUGGAAGUGGUUACAGCAAGGCUGGCAGCGUGCCGUCACACCCCUCAUUACCUCACAGUCUGACCUUCUCCGAAGACUCAGAUGAAGAGAAGAAGCUGGAACUUUACAGAGGCUCCAGUAUCUUAGGAAGAAGUGUUCAGGAGUUCCACAACUGCAAUGACAGCAGGAUCAAGGCCUACCACAUGGGACUGAUCGAGGACCAUGAGAGAUGCGGACAUAGUGAACAGACUUACAUUUAUGAUUACGGAUCUGAGGUGGAGGUCUCAGUGGACAUGAUUCCUCAGAUGGACGGCUCUGUCAUCUCGAAAGAAGAGUGCAGGCUUUGGGAUCCAAACUGACAAUGGAUUCGAUUCACCAGAGGACAUUGUUGACAUGAAAAUCCAAACGGAUGAUAGAUGUUUGGAGAUGGACCAGUGAUUGUAGGUAUAACCUGCUGAUAUUUGCAUAAUUAUGCUGCCUCUUGAAAUCCCUCAUUUUAGCCAAAUUCUAAAUCAGCAUUACAAUCUCUCACAUAGAAUGAGAUGAAUAUGAGUUUUAUAAUGCAAUUCUAAGUUAUAUUUCUUAUAUUUAAAAAUAGUGAUAUACAUAUUUAAAUGUAAUUAAUUAUUUUACCAAAUAUUUGCGUAUGUAUAUGUGUAUUGUGCUGUAAGCUUAGCAUCAGGCUAACUUCAAACUCUAUUGAAAUUGAUAGUGAUUUGUGUUCUUCCUUACCUCUUACGAAAAUUAACCAUGGUUUUACUAUACUAACCAUAGUUUAACCAUGGUAUUUGUAGUAGGCUAAAACUGUGGUUAUACAAGUAGUAAUCAAUACACCAAAAAACAAAAAAAAACACAUGGUUACUACACUAUUACUACAAUAAAAACCACUUUAGAGAGUUUUUAGAGUUCCUUCCUAUGUUGGCAUCGCAAAUUGGUCACUUUCAAUGUUGUUUAGGAUGUUUAAUCACAAAAGUUUUGUUACAGUGUUAUUAGCUUAGCAACAUGCUAACUUCAAACUGUAUUGAAAUCAGUUGUGUGUUGUGUUCUGUGUGGAGUGUUUGUGCUGUUCGCCUAGCAACAUGCUAACUUCUGUUAAGAUCGAUUGUGAUUUGCGUUCCUUAGUACAGAGCACAGUUUACGUGGGACACAGAGUUUCUAUGAUGGCGUCCUAAAUCAGUUAUUUUCCAUUACGUUUAGGAUGCUGACUCACUAGGUUUUGCAACAGAGUUAUCUCUAACAUAAACUAGGCAUUUGUUUGGAAGAGAAUACAUGUCUUGACAGUGCCGUUGUAUUGAGAAAGAAUUUUCGCCUCGGGAUAGUGUUUACUUAAGAGCAGUUGAAACUUCACUAUAACGUAUAAUUGGGAACAUCUUACACUGUGUAUAUAAUUUUGUGCAUGAUUCAUGUAAACUUUGCCUUGUUUUGUCAGAUUUUUUU